AUGGGCAAAUCACAAUCCAAGCUCUCCCAAGAGCAGCUUGCAGAGUUGCAAAAGUCGACGCAUUUUGACAAGAAGGAGCUGCAGCAAUGGUACAAGGGUGAGUUGAACCCAAUACUCUAUUUCUAUUUGCCACUCGUCAGGGACGCUGUGCUAUUUGCGCCCACCCGGCCGCUCGCGCUGGAGCGAGAGGAGAAACACCAAAUACUGACUGUCUCGUCUACCACCUCUACAGGCUUCCUCAAGGACUGCCCCUCCGGCAUGCUCUCCAAGGAGGAGUUCCAAAAGAUCUACCGCCAGUUCUUCCCGUUCGGGGACCCAUCGUCAUUCGCCGACUACGUCUUCAAUGUGUUCGAUAGCGACAAAUCGGGCACAAUUGACUUUAAGGAGUUCAUCUGUGCCCUGAGCGUUACGAGCCGCGGGAAGAUGGAGGACAAGCUCGACUGGGCAUUCCAGCUGUACGACAUCGACGGUGACGGCAAGAUCAGCUACGACGAGAUGCUACAGAUAGUAGAGGCAAUCUACAAGAUGGUUGGAUCCAUGGUCAAGUUGCCCGAGGACGAAGAUACCCCCGAGAAGCGCGUCAAGAAGAUUUUCCGCAUGAUGGACAAGGACGAGAAUGGCAGCCUCGACAUGGACGAGUUCAAGGAGGGUUCCAAACGCGAUGAGACCAUCGUUUCAGCCCUCUCGCUCUACGACGGCCUCGUCUGA